AUGGCAGCAAGGGCAAGUUCAACUCCAAGGGCAACCCCAAGGUCAGGAAGACAAAGAGAUAAAGCAUGGAAAUAUGGGAUUGCAGGAAGCAAAAAGGGGGAGGUCACUUGCACCGAAUGCACAAAAUGGAUGACUGGUGGAAUCAAUAGAUUAAAAUACCACCUUGCACAAAUACCUGGAUAUGGUGUGGAGGCAUGCCCCAAAUCAACUCCUGAAAUUAUUAGAGAGAUGAAGGCCAUUCUUGCUGAGAAUGAUAUGCAUAAGGAAGAAAGGCAAAAAACAAGAGAAGCCAUGGCAGCUGUAAUGAAUCCCACAUUGUCCACUUCGGGUCCCAUUGGUCACACUCGGGGUCGUCAGUCACUUUCAUCUUUUGGUGACAAUGAGGGUGAGGCUAGUGGCACUCCUGUUAGAUCAAACCCUAAUUUUUUUGUACCACACAAUGUUCUAGGUGCACAACCUUCACUUGAAGGUACAGGAUGGAAUAAAGAGAAGCAUCAACAAGCACGGAUAGCAGCUUCAAACUUUUGGUUUUACAAUAAUCUAUCUUUCAAUGCAGCAAACAAUGUGUAUUGGGAAGGUUUUGUUAAUGCAGUAAUAGUUGCGGGUAAGGGGUUUAAGGCCCCAACAGGUCAUGACUUCAGUGGGCCAUUGCUAGAGAAAGCUGUGAAAAAUACACAAGGUGUGGUUGAUGAUCAAAAAAGGUAUUGGAAGAGAAAAGGAUGCAGCAUUUUAUCUGAUGGAUGGAUAGAUGGAUGGAAUAGGACUCUUCUCAACUUCUUGGUGGCUUCAAAUGGUGCAAUGGUAUUCAUAAAGUCUGUUGAUGCCUCAAAUGAAAUAAAAAAUGCAAAGACUUUGUGUAAUUUGUUGGAUGGUGUGGUCCAGGAAGUUGGAGUUGAGAAUGUUGUCCAAAUUAUCACGGACAACGCAGUUGCAUAUGUAUUUGCAGGUAGAAUGCUUAUGGAGAGGCAUCCUUCGAUUACAUGGAGUCCUUGUGCUGCACAUUGCUUGGACUUGGUGCUAGAGGACAUUGGGAAGAUUGGAUGGGUGAAGAAGGUGGUUGAAGAUGCAAGAAGUGUCACCAAAUUCAUCUACAACCAUACUUGGGUGCUUGCUUUGAUGAGAAAACACACAAAUGGCAAGGACCUUGUGCGACCUGGAGUGACACGAUUUGCUAGCCACUUCAUCACUUUGCAGAGCAUUCUUAGUGCCAUUCCUCAUCUUAAGCAGAUGUUUGUGUCAAAUGCUUGGUUGGGGUCUGCAUACUCCAAAAGACCUGAAGCAGAGAAGAUUGUGAGCAUUGUUUUUGAUGAAGGGUUCAAUAAAAGUGGAGAGGAGUUGACUACGGUGACAGAACCUUUGGUAAGGGUUCUUCGUAUGGUGGAUGGAGAGGGCAUGCCGAUGGGUUUCAUUUAUGAGGCCAUGGAUAGGGCCAAAGAGGCCAUUUCACAUUACUAUCGUAGAAAUACAAUAAAAUGUGAAAUCCUUUGGCGCAUCAUUGAUCGUAGGUGGACAAACCAACUCCACCAACCAAUACAUGCCUUCGCCUACUUUUUGAACCUGAAAUUCUACUUCUCUGAUUCAUUUAGGGCUGAUGAGGAGGUCAUGGCAGGUGUUAUUACAUGCAUUGAUAAGAUGACACCUGAUCCCAAGUUGAGAGACAAGGUUCUUGAUAAGUUGGAGAUUUAUGGUGGGAGAAUUAUGGUGCUGACAUGCCUAAUCUUCAAAAGAUAGCUAUCCGUGUUUUGUCUCAGCCAUGCAGUGCUUCUGGGUGUGAACGAAAUUGGAGUGUAUUUGAGAGCAUUCACACAAAGAAGAGAAAUAGAUUGUCACAAAAGCGGCUCAAUGAUCUAGUCUUUGUUCGGUACAACCUUCGCCUUCAAGUUAGAUAGGUGGAGGGUGUUUCACAUGAGGCCAUUGACUUGGAAAUUGAUCCAUAUGGUGAUUGGACCAUGAAUGAACAAAAUGAUGGUGACGAUGUCCUCCUUACCGAAGAAGAAAUUGCAAAAAUAGAGAGAGGAGCAGCACAAGAUGCAGAAGGAGCAAGAUCGGAUGAAAUGGAGGAUGAAGAUGAGGACAAAGAUGAGGACUUUGACUUUGAAGAAGAAUCAUCUCACCAUUUAGAUACCACAACACCCACUGCUACUACUUCUAGCUCAAGGCCUGAAAAAUUGAGCUAUAUUAGGAAAAAUACAAAGAGGAAGAUGUAGUCUUCUCUUUGGUUUGUUCAUUCACAUUGUUGUUUUUCACAUUUGGAGUUGGACUUGGACAUAUCAUUAUAUGUAAUUUUGUGAACAUUUAUAUACUUAUGCUGCCAUUAUGGUAUUAUACAUUUUAGAGUUGAAAGUUGAAACUUGAAUAUGCU